AUGUCUGCGACCCUUCCGAACAAGCCGCGCCCUGCGCAGCUUCGCGGGAAGGAGCCGAGCGAGCUCGAGAAGCGAAUUGCGGCCAUCCCACUCGAGCGGUUUCGCAACUUCUGCAUUGUCGCACAUAUCGACCAUGGCAAGAGCACGCUCAGUGACAGGUUACUGGAGAUUACGGGAACCAUCUCGGCGAGUGACGAAAACAAACAGAUUCUUGAUAAACUCGAUGUCGAGCGUGAACGAGGUAUCACCGUGAAGGCGCAAACAUGCACCAUGAUUUACAAGUACAAGGGCGAGGACUAUCUACUCCACCUGGUCGACACGCCGGGCCACGUCGACUUCCGUGCCGAGGUGACGCGGUCGUACGCCUCGUGUGGCGGGGCUCUGCUGUUGGUCGAUGCGUCGCAGGGCAUCCAGGCGCAGACCGUUGCCAAUUUCUACACGGCCUUUGCACAGGAGCUUACCAUGAUCCCCGUCGUCAACAAGAUCGACCUCCCCACGGCGGACGUCGAGAGGGCCAUCGAGCAGCUCCAGGAGACGUUUGAGCUAGGCGUCGAGGGGCACGAGGGCGGCAGGCCGGUGCUGGUCAGCGCCAAGUCCGGCAAGAAUGUCGAGGCUCUCCUGCCCGCUGUCAUUGAGCGUAUUCCGGCGCCCAAGGGGGAAGAUAGCAAGCCGUUGCGGCUACUGCUUGUCGACUCGUGGUAUGACACGUUCCGAGGGGUUAUUCUGCUCGUGAGGCUGUUUGAUGGGAUUAUCAAGGCUGGUGAUCCCAUCAUCUCGCUUGCUACGGGCAAAAAAUACACCGUGGGCGAGGUGGGCAUCCAGUAUCCCCACCCGGUACCACAGUCCGUGCUGCGGGCAGGCCAGGUCGGAUAUAUCCUCAUGAACCCCGGCAUGAAGAGGAUACAGGACGCCAAGAUUGGGGACACGUUCACGACGCAGGGCAACGAGGACACGGUCGAGAUGUAUCCUGGCUUCGAGGAGCCGAAGCCCAUGGUGUUUGUGGGGGCGUUCCCUACCGACCAGUCUGACUAUACGAAGCUGUCGGAGAGCAUCAGCCACCUCGUCCUCAACGACCGCAGCAUUACCCUGCAAAAGGAUCACUCGGAAGCCCUGGGCGCGGGCUGGCGUCUUGGGUUUCUGGGCAGUCUCCACUGCUCGGUCUUCCAGGAUAGGCUGCGUCAGGAGCACGGCGCCAGCGUCAUCAUCACAGAGCCGUCGGUGCCCUCGCGGAUUGUCUACACAGACGGCAAGGAGGAGAUCAUCACGAACCCGGCCGAGUUCCCGAGCGACGAUAACCACAAGGCUCGUGCAGCUACGUUCUAUGAGCCCUUUGUGCACGCGACCAUCACGCUGCCGGAGGAAUACCUCGGGCGCGUCAUCGAGUUAUGCGAGAGCAGCCGGGGCCAGCAGGUCAGCCUCGAGUUUUUCCACGCCACACAGGUCAUCCUCAAGUACGACAUCCCCUCGUCGGCGCUGGUGGACGACCUCUUUGGCAAGCUCAAGGGCGCGACCAAGGGCUACGCGACGCUGGACUACGAGGACGCGGGGUGGCGGGAGAGCAAGCUGCAGAAGCUCCAGCUGCUGGUCAACAAGAAGCCGGUGGACGCCAUCUGCAGGGUGGUGCACGCCAGCCAGGUGGACCGGCUGGGCAGGCACUGGGCGGCCAAGUUCAAGGAACACGUGGACCGGCAGAUGUUUGAGAUUGUGAUCCAGGCGGCGGUGGGGCGGCGCAUCAUCGCAAGGGAGACGCUCAAGCCGUUCCGCAAGGACGUGCUGCAGAAGCUGCACGCGGCCGACAUCACGAGGCGGAAGAAGCUGCUGGAGAAGCAGAAGGAGGGGAGGAAGAAGCUGAAUGCCAUCGGGAACGUGAUCAUCGACCAGUCCAGCUUCCAGAAAUUUCUGACCAAGUAAGGUUCAGAAGGAUUCAAGGAGGAGGUUCAGCAUUGAGAUCUCCGGUUUUAGAUGUUCGGUUUGACAUGUCUGCAUCUGGAGCCCUGAGGCCCCAUCCGACACCGUAGCGUUACAACAACAUAGAAGAGACAAGAUAGAGAGAGGGUUUAGAUGGGGAACGCCGCGACGAGCGACAAGGUUUACUAACUUUCUCGCCGACAUGCGGCCGUUCCCGUCCGUACGAAGAUGUGGUUUGCAGCGCGAUAUACCAGCUCGGCAUGCACACACACACACACACACACACAAGCAGUCUUGACCGUACUCGAGCAAGCAGGACAUUGUCGGAAACGUGAGCGGAGAUAUGAGCGGGAAACAUGAGUUGUCAUCGGACACUCAAUCUGGAGUGCGAGUUGAGGGGCACAACAACCAAGACCAUACCACUCGCAGGUUAAAUCUGGGGCUCAGCCUUGGGAGGAGGGAGAGCUCUGGGCAAGUUUUGUCGUGUCGUUCCUCUGAGAAUGUGUCAGGGCAACUAUGAACGAGAAAAAACCCCGUAUACAUACAAUCGUUAGUAUGUCCUAGCUUUGUCCAAAAACCUAUUUACAGUG